AUGGCCGCAGCCUGGCUCCCGCUCCUCUGCCUCGGUGCGGGGCUGCUGCUGCCCGAGCGCGCGGGCGGCCAGGGCGCCGUGCCCGUCGCUAUCACGUGCUUUACCAGAGGCCUGGACAUCAGGAAAGAGAAAAUAGAUGUGCUCUGCCCCAGCGACUGCCCUCUCGAGGAGUUCUCAGUGUUUGGGAACAUAGUCUAUGCUUCUGUGUCAAGCAUAUGCGGUGCCGCUGUCCACAAGGGGGUGAUCGGCAGCUCCGGGGGGCCUGUGCGGGUCUACAGCCUCCCUGGUCGGGAAAACUACUCCUCCGUCGUGGCCAAUGGCAUCCAGUCUCAGACGCUUUCCAGGUGGUCCGCCUCUUUCACCGUGACGAAAGGCAAAACUGCUACCCAGGAAGCCACAGGACAAGCCGUGUCCACAGCACAGCCACCAGCAGGUAAACGACUAAAGAAAACACCCAACAAGAAAGCUGGGAAUAAAGACUGUAAAGCAGACAUUGCAUUUCUGAUUGAUGGAAGUUUUAAUAUUGGGCAGCGCCGAUUUAACCUGCAGAAGAAUUUUGUUGGGAAAGUGGCUCUAAUGCUGGGAAUUGGAACGGAAGGACCACACGUGGGCCUUGUUCAAGCCAGUGAACAUCCCAAAAUAGAAUUUUACUUGAAAAACUUUACAUCAGCCAAAGAUGUUUUGUUUGCCAUAAAGGAAGUAGGUUUCCGAGGGGGGAAUUCCAAUACAGGAAAAGCCUUGAAGCACACCGCCCAGAAAUUCUUCACACCAGAAACCGGUGUGAGAAAGGGGAUCCCCAAAGUGGUGGUGGUGUUUAUCGACGGCUGGCCUUCUGAUGACAUCGAGGAAGCAGGCAUCGUGGCCAGAGAGUUCGGUGUCAACGUGUUCAUAGUCUCUGUGGCCAAGCCUAUCCCCGAAGAACUGGGGAUGGUUCAGGAUGUCGCCUUUAUCGAUAAGGCUGUCUGUCGGAAUAACGGCUUCUUCUCCUACCACAUGCCCAACUGGUUUGGCACCACAAAGUACGUCAAGCCUCUGGUGCAGAAGCUCUGCACUCACGAGCAAAUGAUGUGCAGCAAGACCUGUUACAACUCCGUGAACAUCGCCUUCCUAAUCGACGGCUCCAGCAGCGUCGGGGAGAGUAACUUCCGCACCAUGCUCGAAUUUGUCUCCAACAUAGCCCAGACUUUUGAAAUCUCGGACAUUGGUGCCAAGAUAGCCGCUGUGCAGUUCACCUACGACCAGCGCACAGAGUUCACGUUCACCGACUACAGCACCAAGGAGAACGUCCUCGCGGUGAUCCGAAACAUCCGCUACAUGAGUGGUGGGACCGCGACCGGCGAUGCCAUUUCUUUCACCGUGAGAAACGUGUUUGGUCCCAUGCGGGACAGCCCCAACAAGAACUUCCUGGUGGUGGUCACCGACGGGCAGUCCUAUGACGAUGUCCGAGGCCCUGCUGCCGCCGCACACGAUGCUGCAAAAUAA